AUGUGCACUCAGUCCCACCACCCCACCCUCUUUGCACGUGUGAAUGGAGCCCAAGAAGCGCGCCUGUCCGUGUCGGCCUCUCGCUCGCAUAUCUCGCAGCGCCACAAGCCGUCCUCCCGGUCUCUCAACAGUACCGUGCCGGCCACUCGACUCCUACGCUCCUGGGAGGGCGCCGGAGCGGGCUGCCUGGGGCUGCAGGCGGAACCUCCAGAACAAAGAGGCGGCGGCAAGAGCAGCGUGCUCCUCAGGGCCCCGCAGCCGCCCGCCGCCUGCCUCGCUUUUCUUCUCGGCCUCUUCUCUGUAAGGACAGCCCACCCGGUCCCCAGACUCGCCGAGCGCGCUCGGGACGCCUCCCCCGCGGCCCCCUUCCCGGCGGGCCAGGCUGCAAAGUCUCACCUUGAAGCUGACAGUACAAUAUUUAAAGACCUCUAUGUGCUUUGCCAAGGCAGAGUCAUGAAGAAGAUGCAGUUUUUGUCGCCACUGAAGGAUACCUGCCACUACCCUGACUACCGUGAGAUGCUGAGCAAGUCCAACAGUGACUUUCCCACCGUGAUGCGGGAUGACAGGGGUGGCAUUGGGUCCGAUACUUCCACCCAGAUCCGGAAGAAACGGAAACCCUGCGGGCUCUGCGUCCCAUGUCUGAGGAAGGAAAAUUGUGGCGCUUGCACCCAUUGUGUGAACCGAAGGACCAGCCACCAGGUCUGCAAGAUGAGGAAGUGUGAGGUCUUGAAGAAGAAGAAGAAGAAGUCUGGGGGCUGGAAUCAGACUGGUUCGGAGGGCAGCUCAGUUGAUGGACCCAAAACAGGCCAAAUGGAAGAAGGGCCAUUUAACCAUGUUGAAGAAAGAAGGCUGAAUGAGGGCAAUGGGCCUGGCCUGGCAAAUGGUGGGAGGGAGCAAAUGACUGGGCGAGGGGCUAUGAUCAUGGAAACAGGUACGUGGCUUGGCCGCCCACACACUGAGCAAAAAGCCAACUGGGAGGGCAUGCCAGCUGCCCUUAGCCAGGGUGAUUCCACCAAUGCCAACCUGGAGGAUGCUCAGAACCUGGUGGCUUUCUCCGCAGCAGCUGAAGCUGCCAUGUCUUCACAUGGGAUGGUGCCCUCGGCUUCCCCUUCUUUACUGAGCAUGCAGCUGUAUGAGAAGUUUAAUGCUGAGAUGAAUCAAAGUGGGUCAGGGGAUGGCUUGGCCAUACCUCCUCCUAACAACUACCCUGACAUUGAAGAUCUGAAUGCUCUGAAGGCCGCCCUCGCUCUGGCAAAACACGGUAUGAAGCCGCCCAAUUGCAACUGUGACGGACCCGAGUGCCCGGACUACCUGGAAUGGCUGGAGAAGAAGAUCAAAUCAGCCACUGGCGAAGACCAGAGUUGUACCCCCCAGCUUCUCAACCAAGCUUCUGAACCUCCCUUAGACAAUGGUGCUAAUCAAAAGCAGGUGCCCGCCGCAGAUGAGAAGACAACUCUGUGUCCCUCAGAGGCCCUCCCCUUUUCCCAAAGUGCACUGAGUAUCGCUAAGGAGAAGAACAUCAGUCUCCAGACAGCCAUUGCCAUUGAAGCCCUCACACAGCUAUCAUCAGUUCUUCCUGAGGCAGCCCAAGAGGCUCCGGCCCCUCCCCAGAGCCCUCUGCCAGCCAUGGCUUUCACCUCCAAGGAACAGCUGGUCCAGCCUUCCGCCUUCCCGGCACACAUCCCUAAUUCGGUGCUAUCUGUGUCCAGUGCCGAGCUGUACCAGAGCCAGGCCUCGAAAGCAUAUUCCAGCCACAGCCUGCUCCAGGCUCCCGCAUCGUUGGCUUCCUCCUCCUGGCAGCAGGGUACAAAAGGUGCUCAGGAGACGGCUCCCUAUUGCCUUGAUCGCAACAACGGCCACUUGGACACUUCAGGUCUGUUCCCCAACUGCACCUCCACCCCGCAAAAAGCAGACUUCCCUGAGCAGUGGAGUGAAGAAAGCAAGCUCAAAAGCAACCUCUGGGGCCUGAACUCCAACCCACCCCCACCUUCCUUGGCAAGCGAUCCCAUGGCCGAACUGGAGCAGCUUUUAGGCACCGCCGGUAACUGCAUCAAAACAGUGUUCAAACGACCUGACGUGAUGCCUGGCAAAGUGAAAGCCAUCAAAGCAAAGCAGGAGCAGCUAGCCCAGAAUGAAGAAAACCCUAGUUACCACAAGACGGCUUGCUCCAGCCAGCAGUUAUCCCAGCUUCUGCAAGAGACAAACUUCCAUAAGAAGACUCAGAAGGUUCUACAGCAGCAUCUCCACCACAAGCGUAGCCUCUUCCUUGACCAGAACCUGCCUCAGGGAGGCCCUCAGGAGCAGCUGCCGAGCUGGUGGGCUCCCAAGUCACAGGCCCAGCCUCAGAAAUCAGCAGAGAAGUCCCCCAAGGAGAGGAAGAAGAAGAUCCCGACGGAAAAAGGUGCUCAGGUCAAACCAGUCCGCAAACAGGUCCAGAUCAAAAAAUCCAAGCAGAAGGACUCUCUGCCCCUCUUCCUGCCGGUGAGACAGAUCAGCUUGGAAGGGUUCCGCUCAGCUGCCACUCCAGAGCGCCUAAGCAAAGAGAUGCAACCCGAGCAGCUGCUCUCUGCGACCCCAACCAAGCUCUUGUCUCCUGCUCCGUUUACAUCCAGCCCCGGGGAACUGUCUCCAUUGCAGAAGCUACUUGAAAACAGAAGUCCGGCUCCCAACUCUCAGGAAAUGUGCCAUCCCAGCCAGGAGGAGAGCCACUGCUACUACCCAGAGAAUGCUGCAUGCAGUUCUAACUCCCUCAGCUCUCCUGUGCCAGGCUUUGCCCCGUGCUCAUCCACAGGUGCUUGCAGCAAUGGGCACGAGGAAGCUUUCCACAGGCCAAUGAACUCGACAGAUCAUCCUCUGUUUGCCCACAAUCCCAUCACGGUGGAUGACAAGUUGGAGGAACUGAUCAAACAGUUUGAGGCCGAAUUUGGAGAAAAUUUCAGCUUGCAGAAUUCCGAGCUUACAGCUCCAGUUCUGCUUCCUGAUGGGUCGUUGCCACAGCCUUUUGAAAACCCUUUUGCUGCUCGGUCACCCAAGCAGAUAAAAAUUGAAUCUUCUGGUGCUAUUACGGUGGUAUCCACCACGUGCUUUUACUCUGAUGAAAACCAAAACACAGACACUGCUUCCAUGGAAGGGACCCCAACCAAGGAUAAAGUGCCACUCACACCUACUCUCAGUGGAUUUUUGGAAUCUCCCUUGAAGUACCUGGACACACCAACCAAAAGUUUGCUGGACACGCCGGCCAAGAGAGCGCAGGCUGAGUUCCCAACUUGUGACUGUGUGGAACAAAUAGUUGAGAAAGAUGAGGGGCCCUAUUACACUCACCUGGGGUCUGGACCUACUGUGGCAUCCAUCAGGGAACUCAUGGAGGACCGGUAUGGUGAGAAGGGGAAAGCCAUCAGAAUCGAAAAGGUGAUCUAUACAGGGAAGGAGGGGAAAAGUUCCCGUGGUUGCCCUAUUGCUAAGUGGGUCAUCAGGAGACACAACGCAGAUGAGAAGCUGUUGUGCCUGGUGCGGCACCGUGCCGGCCACCACUGCCAGAAUGCUGUCAUCAUCAUCUUGAUUCUGGCCUGGGAGGGAAUCCCUCGCUCUUUGGGGGACACCCUGUACCAGGAACUCACCGACACCCUCACGAAAUAUGGAAACCCCACCACUCGACGCUGUGGGCUGAAUGAUGACCGAACCUGUGCAUGUCAAGGCAAGGACCCCAACACCUGUGGUGCUUCUUUCUCUUUUGGUUGCUCCUGGAGCAUGUAUUUCAACGGGUGCAAAUAUGCUCGAAGCAAAACUCCUAGAAAAUUCAGACUAAUAGGAGACAAUCCCAGUGAGGAAGAAGUUCUCAGAAGAAGCUUCCAGGACCUGGCCACAGAAGUUGCCCCACUUUAUAAGAGGCUGGCACCCCAUGCUUAUCAAAAUCAGGUUAACAAUGAAGAUAUAGCAAUAGACUGUCGGCUUGGACUGAAAGAGGGGAGGCCCUUUUCUGGGGUGACAGCAUGUAUGGACUUCUGUGCUCAUGCUCACAAGGAUCAGCAUAACCUCUAUAAUGGGUGCACUGUGGUGUGUACCCUGACAAAAGAAGACAAUCGUACCAUUGGGCAGAUCCCUGAGGAUGAACAACUGCACGUCCUUCCACUGUAUAAAAUGUCCCCUACAGAUGAGUUUGGCAGUGAGGAGAAUCAAGCCGCAAAGGUGGGCAGUGGGGCAAUCCAGGUGCUCACUUCCUUUCCAAGGGAAGUCAGGAAGCUUCCUGAGCCAGCCAAGUCUUGCAGGCAGAGGCAACUGGAAGCCAGGAAGGCAGCUGCAGAGAAAAAGAAGAUGCAGAAAGAGAAGCUGAUUACACCUGAGAAAAUCAAGCAGGAAGUCCUUGAGAUCCCACCACUCCAGCAGAAUGCAGAUGCAACCUUGAAAGGUGGAUUCCCGCAGCAGUCAGUCAAACCUUCCAUCAAGGUGGAACCUCCGAAUCAUUUCAACAAUUUCAAAUACAAUGGAAAUGCUGUGGUGGAAAGCUAUUCUGUGCUGGGGAACUGCAGGCCCUCUGACCCGUACAGUAUGAACAGUGUUUACUCUUACCAUUCCUACUAUGCACAGCCUAAUCUGCCUUCCAUGAAUGGGUUGCAUUCAAAGUUCCCACUUCCAUCUUUUGGGUACUAUGGAUUUUCCAGCAAUCAUAUGUUCCACUCCCAGUUUUUGAAUUACGGUGAUACGAGGACCUCACCUUGGCUAAGCAACAGCUAUGAGAAAAAGCCUGAUGUUCAGAUGUUGCAAGACAACUUGAGCCAUGCAUUCAGGAAUUCUGAACUGGUGGAUGAAAUCCCUCCCACAGUACAAAGCAAAACCCAUCACCAGCGCACCUAUGAGAGAGGCAAUAGGCAUACAGGUAAAACAGUGGCUAUGCCUCAGAGGUCUAACUCAGUCCCUGCAGAAGUCCUGCCGUUUGCACAAAAUGCAAACUGUUUCAACAACCGAACAAUCAAGCAAGAGCCGAUGGACUCCUUGUCACACAUGGAGCCUGUUCAAAGGGCUGCUUCUGUUACUGGACAAAACUCUAGUCUGAAGUCAUCCGAUUUGCCCCUGUCGUCUCAGAAUGGAGGAUCAGAACAAGAGAAACCAUGGAACCUUGGACAACUGAACUUUGGGUCCACCCAGGGAAGCUCAAGGCUUCAAGAGGAGCUUUGGGGUUCUUCCAAAAUGGAUGACAGGAGAACUCCAACACCUGGCACUGGAUUACACAAUAGACCAUGGACUUCCUUUGGUUCCUUGUCAACUAUGGCAUCGGGUGUGUGUGGAGAGAAGCCAUUUGCUUCCUUGAAAGCAGAGGGCAGUGCGACAUUGCCAGGUGUUGGUCACCAAGAGAGGCCCCCUUGGGACCCUUUUGGUUUAGAUGACAGCAUGGAAGAGUCAGCUGACAAGAGCAUCAAGGAGGAGGAAGAAGAGGAGGGGGAGGAAGUAUGGUCAGAUAGUGAACACAACUUCCUAGAUGAAAACAUUGGUGGGGUGGCAGUGGCUCCAGCCCAUGGAUCUAUCCUCAUUGAAUGCGCGAGGCGAGAGCUGCAUGCCACCACCCCUCUGAAGAAGCCCAACCGGUGUCAUCCCACACGUAUCUCUCUGGUAUUUUACCAGCACAAGAACUUGAACCAGCCCAAUCACGGACUUGCCCUUUGGGAAGCAAAAAUGAAACAGCUGGCAGAGAGAGCAAGGGCAAGGCAAGAGGAGGCGGCUAGGCUCGGCCCUCAGCAGGACAUCAAAGCCUUUGGUAAGAAGCGGAAAUGGGGAGGUGGCCUGGCUGCAGAGCCCCAACACAAGGAAAAAAAGGAUUCUGUCCCAACACGGCAGGCCCUGGCCAUUCCAACAAACUCUGCUAUCACUGUGUCCUCUUACGCCUAUACCAAGGUAACUGGACCGUACAGUCGCUGGAUCUGA